AAAAGAGAGAAAGAGAAAAUUCCAGCAGUUAGGUCCCAUACCAAACCCUAAGUCAAGAAAAAGGGAGUGGGGGUCCCCUAACCGCUGGAAAGAGGCCCCCUCCAGACACGUGUCACAUGGAAAACCCUAGAAAGAUUCCCUGGACAAGUGUCGGGUGCAGUAAAAUCGCAGAAAAUGGUUUUACAGAGUAAAAGAAAUAGAAGGGAAAAGACCUCAUUCUAUGCCCUAAGCAACCGUCGAACGAAGAACCUAUGGCUCUCUUCAACAAAAAUGCACGAUUAUAACAGAGGCAUGAUAAUGGCGGUCCUACAACUAAAGCAAUAGACACAAAACAGAACGCCUGAAGAACCUAAACACUUGCAUGCCCAGAAAUCUCAAAGUACAAACCCAGAAAAACAAACAAAGCAAGUAAAAGCAUGCCACUAUCAAAGGAUGCAAGAAACUUACAGUAAAUUGUUGAACUGGGGGUCCUGAGUGUGGCCGAGUAAAGUUGAGGAGAACUGAUGAUAGCAAACACGGAAAAAUGGAAGAAAUGGCGAAGUGCUAAGACGGUUCGUGCUGUUUUGAAGAAUUUUCUCUCUGGGAAAUUCGAGCAAAAAUGGCAAGGAAUGGAAAGUAACCAAAAUGAAGGAAAGAUGGUGGCUUUUAUAGGCAAAAGUGCAUGAGGAACAGGCGUCACCACCUACCAAUCGUACGGUGGGGGAGAUGCACGAUUCGAAUACCCAAAGAUCAACGGAUCAGAUCGAGCUGCCAUAAAGGCGGUGGAAACGUUUGAGUAUCCGUCUGACACCAUUAAUGCGCCGCAUCAAUCAAAGGGCAUGAAACAAAUCGGCCUCUGCAGGAAAGCGAAUCGCUGCAUUUAAUGCCAUCAUUAGACACACCCUCACGCGCCCCGAGCUCGUGUCAAGAAACCGAGGAGGCGGCCGGAGACAUCUCUGCAAAAAGCGAAUCGCUGCAUUAAAUGUCAUCAUUAAAUGUGCCCUCACGCGCUCUGGGCUUGAGCCAGGGAACCGAGGAGUCAACCGGAGUCACCUAAGCAAGCCUUGGUUUAUUUUUCCAAGUAAACAAGGCUUGGGGGGUAAAUGUUGCCCCUGAAUUCGCCCAAAAUACGUGGACCAGUCGAAUAGGGACACGUGGAUCAGAUAACUUGUAAAUAUUUGAUAAGUCUUUGUACGCCCCAAGGAAGCACCCUGGGCAUAGGUCCCGGAGGAGGCACCCGGAGUACAAGGUACUCCCGGAAGCUCGCAUAGCAUGAAGCCCCUCCGGGAUGUGUCAGGCCUCUCCUGAGCAAUCAAGUCGCAUUUAAUGCCGCAUGGGAGGAAGCGUGUUGGGACUGUAACACGCAAUAUAGUCUGACGGCACAACCCCCAAACAGCAGCGCCACAGUAAUGAUCAUUUAAGUCUAGCGACGGCUACUCUGCGAAGAGUCGCGUCAAUCACAAGGCAAAAAGGACAUUCCUCAUAAAAACCCUACAGCACCUAGGGAUUUGACCAUGCAUCACCCAUGGUAUAUUCAUUGGGAAUACCCAACUUUAUGGAUACUUACAGAUACGUUUGUAAGAACAAUUCUAGGGAUUACCCCACCAAAACACUAUAAAUACCCCCUCAAAGCUCAUUUAAUGGGGUCGAGAAUCUUGGGUUGCAUAUGAGCAAGAAGAGUAAAUACUCACCAAGAACAUUCUCUGUAUUUAUGAGGACUACAUUCCCUCAAGUGUGGAAUCUGUAUUAAAUACAUCCAUUAAUAACAAAGACUCGUGGACUAAGGCUCAUUAACACCCCAACCACGUAAAAAUCCUCAUCUCGCUUUCUUACAGCUCACUACUAUAAUCAUAUUUUAAUAGUUGCCGAAAAUCUCGGUCAACACAUAUGUUGCAACAACCGACACCCGACACACUACUAAUUAAAGCUAAGAACACUUACAUAUUACAAACAAAAUUAUAAAACUAUUGAUCUCUUUUAGAGAUUUUCCUUCUAUAAACAAGCAACAAUCUAGAUUUUAAGAUCAUUCUAAUCAAACGAUCAAUAUAGGAAAGCAUAAAUAUUUUCUCUUAAAAAAUAAAAGUAUUUUGAUUCCACCAGACAAAGUAAACUGUUGCCGCAUAAGUAGCCGUUGCAACAUCAAAAAGUAAACUAUGCUGUCUCUUUGUGGAAAUCUACGCCAACCAAUCUGAGUAAUUAUUUGGCCAAAUGGCCACACCAAGCCAAGACUGAACCAUCUCCAUAAUUUUUUUUGGAGAAAUGAUCACACUCAAAGAAAAGAUGCAUGGCAUGACAGUCAUCACCUAUAUCGCGCACUUUGUCACGUAAUAAGAAUACCUCUUGUCAUGAAGUGGUCUCUAGUUAAUAAUAAUUAUGAGAGGCUUGUCAGAGAAAAAAUCUAUGCUUUAAUGUGGAUAAUUUACACCAAAUCACUUUACAAUUAUCCACCUUUGCAUAAAGAGUGAGCAAAAUAUUAUAGAGUUUACUAACGUACCCAAAAUCUUCCCCCUUUUCUAACCUCCAAAAUUGCAUCCUGAGAGAACAGGUUCCUGAGAUUGAGAAAGUUGCGCUAAUACCAACUCAUAUCCCAUUUUCUCUCUCACAUCCAAGAAUUAAUCUUGGUGCUUUAAGUAGAUGGAAUAAUCUAUUUAACCCAAAGAACAUCUUGCUUCGUGGUUAGAGCCCACACAAAUUAAACCGAGCAAUCGAGAUUUUAUUCCACUUAAUCUAUCACGAAACCCGAAGCCUCCAUAACACUUAGUACAAACAAGAUCCCAAGAAGCAAGAUGAAUUUGGCUAGUAUAGUAAAGAGUCUUUCUCGUGUGGAGGAUAGUGGUUCAACUAUACCUCAGUAAUACUGAAUCUCUGUAAUUGUUUUAGUGAUUGAAACAAUUUAACAAAGAGAAGAAUAAAGUGCAAACCUUGAGAAUGUUCAUUCAACUCUUGCAUUUGGAAGAAGCAAGUAUUAUUUUCUGCGAGAGAAGAUUUCUAUAAGUCUUAUAUUGGAGGAAAUCAAACAUUUAUCAGCAGGUAAUUUGAAGGGAGUCAAACUUUGGUGGCUUAAUGAUAUUAAUUCAACAAAUAGGAGUACAUCAAUUGUGACAAAAUCAUUAGAGGGAGUCUAAAUUUUGUUUAAGUCAAUUACUUUAUAUUUAUUGAAAUUGGACUAAUGAAUCUUAUCUCUAAGUGUGGUAUCAUAGACUAUUAACAUUCUCCAAUGAUUGUUGACACUACAUAUAAAAAAUCUUGUAUGUUUUUAUUUUUCUGCACUAUUGCUCUUUAUUUGUAUUUUCUGGUAUGUAGUUACAAAAUCUCAGCCUAUAAUUACAGAAUAUUUGUUUCAGUAUUAACUUUAUUGUUCUACAUUUUAUUAAUUUAUUAAUUAAUUAAUAAGUUGGUAUUUAUACAAUAUGGAAUUUUCACUACUAAAAAAAGGAUUUUUCGAUUGUUAAAAGUAGCCAAGUAUGGUAUUACCAUCGGUCUCUAUGACCGAUGCCUAUUCGACUGUCGCAAGUGGAAUAGGCAUCAGUAAAAGAUAGUAGAGAAUGCCUAUGUCUCGAAUGUUUAAAACUAUCAGCAAUAUCUGGCACUAUAGCCAACAAUUUAUAACAGUCGACAAUUCCUUUGCCGAAACAUCGACUAUAGUAAGCCACAAUUGUCGACGGACACAUUAAAAAAAUUAUAUAGAUACAAGAUAUAUCUUAGAUCCAUACCAACAAACGACAAUAAUGCAAACAGUCUCAAAUCCACACUAUAUCAACAACAACAACAAUAAUACUAAAAUCUUAAGAAAAAUAUUUCAUCUGUUAAGAAAUAAUCCAAAUCGUGUUUAGGGUUAUAUAUAAUUACCAUUUGAAAGAGAGAAAAAGAGGAAAAUCGAGUAUCGGUUAAAAACUAUUGGCAAAUCUAUAGAAUUGCCGACAGUUUUAGAGGGUUAGAAUUGCCAACGAUUUUAAACCGAUAGUCAAUUUUAAUAGCGUUAAUCUUCGAAAAAAAAAUUGAUUAAUUUUUGUAAUAGUGUUCACAUGUGCUUGUCUUCUCCCUUGACGGUGGUAUUGGUGUCCCAUCUGGUGGAAGUGGUAUCCAAAAGCUCACAUCUUUCAAGGUUGUUCUUGGAUGUAGUGCAAGUAGUCAAAGGUUGAGAAUAACCUUAAUUUAAUACUUUAUAUUAUUAGCUUGUGUAAUAUAGUGGUUUGUCUAAUUUGUAUUUCAUAAUUUAAGUGUGUAGUAUUUAUAACAUUAAAGUACAGUACCUCGAUACAUAGCCCUUUUGAAAUUUAAGAAUGUUUUAUCUAAAUUGUCUUUGUUAUUUUUAUGAAUAAACAUUCAAAUUAUAAACUCUUAUUUGAAAAGAAUAUGGUAGAGUUUUUCUUAAAAAAUGACUUAGUCAAAUUAAUUUGUUUACAAAGCUAUCAAUAAUGAUCCAAUGUUAGAAUUUACAUUCCAAGGUAGGUGUCAAUGCUCAAGAUUUCACAAGUGUUUAGAGGCCCACAUGGACCCUUUUUCCUUUGUGAAAAUUACACCAAAUAUGGGAUUCUACAAAAAAGUUUGAAAAAUAUGGCUUUUUUAAGUUUACCACCCUUAUAUGGCAUUUAUUUAAAUUUAAAGUUAUAUAUGGUAUUUACUUUGCCACAUUUUUGUAAAUUCAAUUUUAAAUCCCAUAUUGUGUAUUCAGCCCAAUUUGAAAGGGUAUGUUUGUAAUUUUAUAUUAUUUUUUGCCAACCGUUUUUUUUUCAUGGGUUGUUCUUUUUUUUUUAAGAAAAAAAAUAAAAAAAAAAUCAAAACCAGCCUUUGUCUUUUCAACUUCUGCAUGUAAUGAGUACCUCUAUUACUCAUCUACCAUUUUCCUUUCAUAUCAUUUCAAAGUUUCUCUUCUAACCAGUUUGUGCAUCCCAUUCUAGGGUUUCUUUCUCUUUAUUUUUUUCUUCUCUUCGUUGAUAUUCAUCCCAUUAUCUUUGUUUUGUUCUUCUUUUUAUUCCUUUUUCUUAACAGUUUUUUCCCUUCAUAUUUCGACGGCGUCAUCCUCACGCAAGUCAUCGGCGAAAACCGGUUUGCAUUUUCGUUUGUGGUGUGGAUUGGAGUUGCUAUAAGGUUUGUUCAUAUUAUCUUUUGAUUUUUUUUUUUAUGUUUUUGAUUAGUGGGUAUCUUAGUGUUGUUGUUGUUGUUACAAGUUUCAAAUAUGGAAAUGUUAUAUUAUUUAUGUUGAUUUAUGGGUUCGGGUUAUAUUUGUUUUUUAUGGGUUGUUUUAAAUUUCUAGUUUUAUAUUUGAAUUUAUUUUUGUUGGUGGGUGUGUGGUUUUGUGUUUCAUUUUUUGUUGUGUUUAAUAAGGUGGUAAGUUGAUGUUGUUCUCUUAAUUUUUCAAGCCUCAUAAUGAUGCUGUGAAGCAAGUUUUGUGCUUUUGAAUAGGUGUUGUUUGUCUUGUUUUUGCUGAGUUUAUGUAGGUGUGUGUCGAGUGUUGGGGGAAUGGGUGUUAGAGUAUCGGUUGCUAUUUUGAGUUAAAAAUUUUGUUAUCAAAAUGUAGAGCAGAAUGAGAAUAAGUGGGGGACUGUUUAUUAGCUUUUUUGAUGUGUUUAUGUUUUGUUGUACUUUUUUGAUGUGUUUUGUUUUGUUGUACUUUUUUGAGAUUUAUGGUUGUGAGUUAAUACAAUAAAAAAGAGAGAGAGAGAGAGAGAGAGAGAGAGAGAGAGAGAGAGAGAGAGAGAGAGAGAGAGAGAGAGAGAGAGAGAGAGAGUAUGGUAAUGAUCAAUAGUGAAGAGUGUGAGUUUCAACGUUGAAUGGGUAAGCGUUGUUAGAUCUAAUUGUUUUUCCUGUUUUAUCUUCUUAAACAUUUCUGACCCAAUCUUUGUUUCAAAGUCUUAUCUUAAGUUGGAAAUUGUUGAACACUACAACUGUUGAUUAGAUUUCUGAUCAUUGUUUGUGUCUUUUGCAUAUUGCUUGAUGUACCAUGCCACACACACAUCAUAUGAGUAAUGCUUUGGUUGUUGAACUGUUUUCCAGAUGUUACAUUCCUUUAUGUUAAUUUCAUUGUCACUCAGUUUGUAUCUCAUCAUCAUUAAACAUAUACACUGCAGUUUCCUAUCUCAUCAUCAAGAAUAAAGGUGAGCUUAUCCAUAUGGGUUUGAUCAAAUUCGCAUGUAACAGGGUCUAUAUAAGAUGCAUAGAUCCUCACAUGUCGAGUCACACUACUCAACCAUUGCCCACCAUAUUCUCUGUUCAUGGUCUUGCUUUUGACAUUUUACUAUUUUACUCAACCAUUACUAUUUUUCAUACUCUUUAUUUUAUCUUUUCUAGAAAAAGAAUGUCUUUAUUGUACUUGUUAUAAACCGGUUUUAUUUAUUAAAUUUUGGUAGCUAUGGAAGAGCUCAUAAACCAGUUUUAGACUUUAAUUAUUAAAUUGUAUUUAUUUGUGUUUGUUAUCAUCCUUUCUAUUUUAUUUCGUUUUCACUUUGUAUUUAUGUUUUUUAACAGAUGGAACAAGUUGCUGAAACUGGUUCAGUCGUUGGCGGUAAAAGAAAAUCUUCUCGUAAUAUUAGUGGUAUAUCAAAAAAGGGUAAAGCAAAGAAAAAUAUGGUAUGUUUAUACAUUUUACAUGGUAUGUGUUUGUAUUAUUGUAUUAAGAUAUGUUUUUUUUUUCUUUUUUUUUUUUUUAAUUUGAAAAUGUUUCAUUAUUAUUUACAUUAUUUUUUUGUUAUUUUUUAGGAAAAGUUGUCUGAUUCCAUAGAUGAUGAGCAUAUUGUUGAUUUUAUAAGUAAAGAUAAAAAGAAAACCCUGUUGAAGUCUGUGACAAGAAGAAAGCGCCCGACGGAACCGAGUGUUUCAUCUAUUCCUGCUGCCCCUACGGUAAUUAUAACAGGAAACUGGUUUCUUUUUGUCAAUUGUAUAUUUUGUUAUAAUUUAGUUUUAUUGUUGUGAAACUGGUUUUUAUCCCUUAUAUAUUUAUUUGUAGGUUAUAUAUUUCAUUAUUAAACUGGUUUUAUGUACAUCAAAGUUGUUUUGAUUUUUGUGAAACUUUUUUUUUUUGUUUUUGUAUUUGUUUGUUUAUUUUUGUUAUUUGAUAUUUUAAAUUGUUUUUCUGUUUGUUUCUUGAAUUUAUAUCUCAGGUGUUUUAUUUUAAAAUUAAACCCAAAAAGAGAUUCGGAGGUGUUGCUCAAGAUUUCAACGAUACAAGUGUCCUCCUUGAAAUGAAGUUAAGAUUUUCACGUGAGCAAGAAAAAAUCUUUCGAAAGACGCCAUUUGGGUUUUUGUUUGAUAUGCAUACACUUGUUUUUCAAAAAGAAUUGGUGCAUCUUAUGUUAUUAAGGCAACUUAACACAGAGAGGGAUGAUCAGGAGUGUUGGUAUAAGAUAGGUUCUAAAGCCGUUAGAUUUGGAGUAGAGGAGUUUUCCGCUAUAACUGGUUUUAAUUGUGGUGGUCAAUACGACUUGAAACCUCUUAGCAAAAAGAAGAUGUUAAAGUUUAAAUCUAGGAUGUUUCCUAACUUUGGCAUUACUGACAAAGUCACAAGAAGGGAUGUGAGAGAUGUUUUUCUUGAUCAAGAAUUUCUCAUUGAUGAUGAUGAUGUAGUUAAGAUGGGUGUUGUGUAUUUACUCUCUUGCUACUUGUUUGGAUUUACACAUGACAAAAAGGUAGAUAAUUUUCUUUUUGGGCUUGUUAAUGGUGAUGAUUAUCUAGAUGUUCUAAAUGGUUUUGCAUUUGGAAAAAUGCUUUGGGAGAGGACAUUCUACUAUUUGACAAUUGCUAUUAAGGAUGGUAAUUCUAUAUUUGAUGAACUUGAAGCAAAGGGUAAGAAUUUCAAGAAGUACAAACUUCCUGGAUUUGUUGUUCCCUUUCAUGUUUGGCUUUAUGAGAUUAUUCCUAGCUUGUCCCCUGAAUAUUGUGUGAGGAAAGGUUCUGAGUUUCGCCGAAUACUUAAUUGGCAAAGUUUCGAUGUUCCUGGUUUUGUGACUUUACUCGAAAAGGUUUUCAAUAACCCUGAGGUCAUUGUAGAUGAUUUUCGUCUUACUGAUGCUGAGAGACGUAAUCGUCUUUUGAAGAAUUUUAAGUUUCAACCCGUGUAUCUUCCUAAGAGUGUGGAUGAUGAGAAGGUAAGAAACCAGUUUUCAAACAUUUUUUUUACAAAUUGUUUUGCUAACAUUUCAUAUUAUCUUAUUUAAUAUUUUUUGUGUCUUUUGUAGGAUUUUGAGGAGAAGUUUGAGAAUAUUUGCAGAAAUUUAUCAUUUAUUAAAGAUUCUCAAGCAUCUAUUCGUAUUGAGAUGGCAAUCUUCAAAGAUGAGUUCUCUGGGGAUUUGGCUAAGUUGAGUGGGAUGAUUGAAAAGAUGACCUCCAAAAAUCAUGAAAAGAUGGACACAACCGAUUUGUUUGGUGCUUCUGAUAGAGAGGUAGAUCGUUUAUUAUUGUUUAUAUUAACGAAAUUAUUAGUUUCUUUUAAUUUUUUAUAUGUAAUUAUUCUUUAGUAUAAUUGACACAUUGAAACUGGUUUUUUUUUUUUUUUUUUUUUAAGUUGUUACUAUUUUUUGAUUAAUUUUUCUUUUUGUAUUGUAUUUUUUCCUUUAUGUUUUUUUAAAGAAACUGUUCUUUUUUUAAAAAAAAAAAAUUGAAGAAUUAGUUUAAUUUGUUGUUGAUUAAACUAGUUUUAAUGUUGGCACCGUUUUUUAAGUUAUUUUUUGUUCCAUUAUUUUAUUUUUUUUAUGUUGUUGUUGAAAUAGCUUUUUGAAGUUAAUAUGACUUUUUUAAUAUAGUUACCCUUAUGUUUUUUCUUAUUGUUUUUUGUAUGAAACUGGUUUUCUUCUCUUUUAGUCAAAAUAUUUAUUUUUUUCUUAUUGUUUUGUGUAUGAAACUGGUUUUCUUAUCUUUUAAUCAAAUUAUUUAAUUUUUUACAGGCUUAUUAUCGGGAUUUGUCUGAUGAUGUUGGUGGUCUAGAAUUGUCAGUUCCCAGUGUUAAGUCUGCGGUACAUGUUUUAACCAUUUUUUUGUUAUAUUUUGAAACCAGUUUAUGUGAUUUUGAAUCUUUUUUUUUCCCUUUUUAUAUAACUAGUUUCUUUUUGUUAUGUAGGUUCAUGAGGACAAUGUUGAUUAUGGUCAAUAUUAUUUGUCUCCUGAUGUUAUGAAAGUUGUUGACAAUACAAUCAAAGACGUUUUGUGUUCAAAAGAUCAGCCUUCUUGUGAAAAAAAUAAUAAUAUGGAAAUGGUUGUGUUUGAUGAUUCUUAUCAAACGCCAGAAAACCCAUAGCGCAUUCGGAAGGAGAGUUCUAUUGUAUUGUCUCCUUUUAUAACUGAUUUUGGAUCAUCUGAUUCAGGCAAAGACAGCUUGAUGAAUAUUUUGAUUGGAGAUAAAUUGAUAGUUGAUGGGCUUAAUCCUUUUAAAAAUGAGAUUGGAGAUAAUAACACUAGUGAGCAGUGUUUGAAGUUCAUUCAAUGGUUAGAGCAUAAUAUAAAUAUGAAAAGGUAAUCUAAGUUUUUUAGUUUUUUAUUUUGCGUUUUGUAUAUAUGUGUUUUUGUUAGCUUUCUAAUUUUUUCUUUAUUUUUUUAUAUGUAGAACUAAGAAGAAAUACUCCGACAUUGAUAAUAAGAUUGAUCCCCCUAUGGACUUCAGUUUUAUUCAAAUUGAUGAGAAAAUGUGGUUUUACACACUCCAAACUUGUGGGAAGUUCCUUUCAGAUUCUGUAAGUUUUUUUUAAUUGUUUUCUUAUACAUUAUAUUUUUUGUGUUUGUUGUUUUAAUGUUUGUAUAAAACUAGUUUUAUUAUGUGUUUUAUUUUUGAAUAACGAGUUUUAGUUUAUUUGUUUAAUAACUGGUUUCUUGUGUUGUUUUUUUUUUCCCUGUGUAGCAUAUGAAUGUUGCUUUCUAUUAUCUAAGAAAGAAAGUUAAACAAGAUCAAUCUUUGAACCAAAGGAUAACAACAACCGAUUGUGUGUUUGAUCAGUUGAUUUUCAGCGAAUAUAACAAAUUUUUGGAAAAUCAUUCCAAUCCGAGCACAAUUAAUUUUGAUAGUGUUAUAUCUCGCUAUAUUCUUGGAGAAUAUUUGUUUUCAAAUACUGCUUGGGUUUUCACAGAUCAUGUUCUUAUAAUUGUUCAUGUGAAAGAUCAAUCUCACUGGAUUUUGAUCCAUUUUAGCAUCAAGGACAGGAUGCUUAAUGUUUACAACUCUUUAUCUGGGUUACGCAAUCAGAACAAGGCCUUGCCCCAUGUUAAGGCAUAUUCUGUGAUGUUGCCUUAUUUCUUGGAAUUCCUCAACUUUUAUGCAUCGAGGCCAGAUCUUAGCAUGGAAGUUGGUCCAUAUUCUGUGGGAAUUAGGGAGCCUAUUAAUUAUACCUUCAUUAAGGGGCUGCCUACUCAAAAGAAGAGGUAAAUUUUCUAACUCUAUAAUAGAAACUAGUUUUAUUAAUACUGUUUAUUAAUAUUCCUUUAAUUUUCUUAUUAUAACCAGUUUUAUAAUAUAUAUUUUAUGUUUGAUAUUUUUAUAUUUUUGUUUGUUAAAACUUUUAUUAAAUACAGUGAUUGUGGAGUUUUUGUGAUUAAGUUUGCUGAUUUGUUCAUCAAUGGGAAGAUAAAUGAGAUACCACAAAAUAUGGCUGAUAGGAUUGCAACUUACAGAGAUGAUUUGGCUGUUAGUUUAUUUACUCAUGCUUGGAGGAAACAGAUUGGUGGGUAUCAGACUGAAGAUGAUGUUCAAGUCAGAAAGGAGAAGUCAAAGAAACUAAAGGAGAAGAAAAAUGCUAAAGGCAAAGGGUAAGAAGUUUGAGAAGAGGAUGUUGAUGUUCUAGAGCAGUCUUUUUGUUAAUUUUUUUAUUUCAUUUAGAUAACUGGUUUUAGUAAUGACAAUGAUACUUAACGGUUUAAAUGUUUUUGUUUCUCUUUUGUUAUCUUGGAUAUAUGUUAAACACACUGUGUUAUGGUUAUUAAUGGAAAUAGAUGUUAUAUCCAAAAAGUGGUUUUUAUAAGUAGUUUUGCGUUAAUUUUUUCAAUUUUUAAAAAUCUAUUUUUGUAGCUAAUUUGUAUUUCAGGUAAAACUGGUUUUAUAAUGUUGUUUAUUAUUUUAUUAGAAAUUUGUGAAGGUAAUUUUUUCACUGGUUAUGUAUUGUGGGUGUUUUUUUUUUUGUUUAUUAAUUUGGUUAUAACUGGUUUUUUGUUUUGUUUAAUGUUGUUUUGUAGGAUAUGGUGUGUUUUGCGAGUACUAGGAGGCACAUAUUAUUCAAAUUUCAAGGUAUCUAUAUUUUGUAAUUUUUAUUGUUGAUGCAUAACCAGUUUCUUUAAUUUUAUUAAUAUUUAUAGUAAAUAUGAUAAUUAUAUAUUAUUUAUCUUGGUAAAAUCUUAAAAAAAUUAUUUUUAAGCUGCCUUAAUAUCAAAUAUCUAUUUUCCUCUCUAAAAAAAGCAAAUAAAAUAAUAAUAAUAAAAAAAAUCUAGUUUCAAAGCAAUUUUAUCAAAUGUCAUAAUAGCAAAGUAACCAGUUUGUAGCUUUUGUAAUUGUAAUUUUUGAAAGCUACUUUUUUUUCCAAGUGUUUGUUCUAUUACUUAUUGUUGCUUUGUGUCCAUCUUCUGUUUCUUCCGAUUGGUUUGUUUGUAAAUCUGUGGAUUAUUGCAUGUUCGUCGGUUGUGUCCAAGCUGUCCACAUCUUGAGCAUUUCAUUACAACUUUUGGUUCUCCUCUAGAUCUGAUUCUUUUUUUUCUAGGUCUCCCUGAGGUCUUUUUUGUUUUUGGUGGCAUGACAAUCUUCUCCAAGCUCUCAGGUAGUCUCCAUUCACUUUCAUUAGGUAGAGGAUGUACGGUUGUAUCAUAUGUUGCUCUCAUAGUUGAUGUUUUGUAGUAGUCAGCCACAUAGUCAUAAGUUUUUAGUCCUCUUUUAGCAAAAACUGCUAUUGCAUGUGCACAUGGUAUCUGAUCUUGUUGGAACCUUCUACAUGUGCAUGUCUUGUCAAGUAAGUUUAUUGUGAAAUCCCCUUUGUUUACCACUUUUACUUGGUAUAGUAUAGUAGUUAUUGCUUCAACCUGUUUAUAUAUGAAAUUGUAACAAGUAAGAAAAAUUAUAAGCACAUGUUAGUAACUGGUUUUUAUGUAUUAAUAUGUAUUUUCUUUAUAUAUGUAAUAACUGGUUUCUCAACUUAUUAUAAAUAUAGUAUACAUACCUGGUACUUCAUUCCCUUAACAAGAUUAUCUCUAAGUACUGUUUCAGCUUCAACAGAUACUUCUGUGAAUAUUCCAUUAGCUUCAUUUCCAUUCUUCCACACCCAUUUUUGAACUAAACUUCUUAGACAUUCAAUCAUUAAUGUAAUAGGCACUGAUCUUGCAGCUGUGAUUGCAGAAUUGAUUGACUCUGCUAUGUUUGAAGUCAUCAUAGUGUACCUCCUUGUUGGGCAGUGGCUUCUAGUCCAAUUAUGAUGUCCUAUAUUUUCCAAGUAAGGUCUUAUGCGAAUGUCAAUUUUGUCUAUUUCUGACAUGUAAUGCUCAAAUGAGCUGACCCUGUAUGUUUUGGCAGCUUUCACAAAGUUUAUAGUGAGCUCAUCUCCAUGUCCACCAAAGUGUGAUUUGAUGUUGUUAAGCAAGUGGAAUAUGCAAGCUCCAUGAAAGUGGUCCGGGUAAACAUUCUUCACUGCUUUUUC